UUCGCUCGGCUUCACAUCACAUGAGAAAGCUGAUGGGGUCUCCCCGUAAACCAGUCGAGAACCAGUCGAGGCAGGAGCUCGUCGACACACGAGAGCCUCGUAUGUGAUCUGUCACCACGUUCAGGUGCCAGCUCCCGGUGGAAUGCCAUGACAGCGCACGCAUUGCAUGCCGACAGCUUGCUGUACAUCGGUUGCGAUUCACCCAAUCAUGCAAAGCAUACUCCCUACCUAUCUACGCCGGCGAGCUACAAGUAACGCUUUGGGAUGUGGCGAAUACCCCUUUCGUCUGUCAGCGUUUCGCAUACCACUCGAUGAGCUUGCGAGACCGCUCGCCCCGGGGCAGGAGGGGGGGAUAUAUACCAAGCUUGACGGGCGCCGCAAUCGCAUGAGCUCCUCCAUCUUCGUCCAACCUCACGCUUCUUGCCUCCCACGAUGCAGUCCCUACGCAGCCUCAUCCUGACUUGCCUCGUCCUCUUACCUCAUGCCCUCGCCCUGCCCUCCGAUGACGGCCGCAGGGACUGGGCAAUGGACCCACGCGCCAUCGACGACCCAGACGUCUGCUGCCCCGAGCCAACGUACACCUACAUGUGCUGCGUUGCGAGCUGCGGAGUCUGCAUGCCGGGCCACGAUUGCGAUACGGUGAGUGAGCAUCGCAAGCAUUCCCACCCCCCAAUCCCUCUUCGUGGCAAGCCGGCGGAGAACGCGGCCGUGCGAAUGGCUGGACCUGGCUCACUGCUCACUGCUGCCGUAGAUUAACGAAAUCUGUGAAAAUCAUUAUGGAAUGCAGUACCCGAGGUGUUGCUCGUUCGUGUCCAACAAGUUGAAGCGCGACAGCGAGCCUCUGCCCAUGUCGCCGGCGGAGUGGUUGGUUCAUUAGAACCCGA